CGAGCGAGAAAAGAAAGCACAGUCACUCUCAUCCGAAACCCUCUUUCUCUCUCUCUCACACACACUCCUCUUCCGGAUUUCCCCCAAUUCCCCGCAUUUCUUCGAUCUUUCCUCCAAUUCUCUCCAAAGUUGGAAUCUUUUUCGAGCGCCAAUGCUUGAUCUUGCUUUUCAGGGGGGUUGAUGGCUUGAAUUUGGAGGAAUUUUAGUGGUUUUUUGGUGCUGGAAUCAUGCUGGAAGGUGGAAUUGGUGGAGGGUAUGGCCAGAGCUGCGGAGAGAGCAGCGAGGAGGAGCUCUCGGUGUUGCCGAGACAUACCAAGGUGGUGGUCACUGGGAAUAACCGCACUAAGUCGGUUCUUGUCGGGCUUCAAGGCGUGGUCAAGAAGGCUGUCGGGCUUGGCGGGUGGCAUUGGCUGGUUCUGACAAAUGGCAUAGAAGUAAAGCUGCAAAGAAAUGCUCUAAGUGUAAUUGAAGCUCCCACUGGUCAUGAAGAGGAUGAUGAAAUUGAAUGCGAAAACAUGCAAUGGAAUGCAUCAGAUAUGGCAUCCGAUGACACUCAAUCACAUAAACCACAGAGAUCAAAAUCCCGGACACAUAAGGUUUCCACUCACAAAUCCUUGAGCAGGUCUCAUUCAUGUGAUUCUCAGUCAAAAGGAUCCAUUUCAUCAUCAAGUGGCACCAUGAAAGUAGACUUGAGCAAACUGGAAACUAAUGCAUUAUGGAGAUAUUGGCAUCACUUCAACCUUAUGGGGGCCAGUCCUAACCCGUCAAAGGAGCAGUUAAUCGAUGUUGUUCAGAGGCAUUUCAUGUCCCAGCAAUUGGAUGAGAUGCAGGUGAUCGUAGGGUUCGUUCAAGCAACAAAGCGUCUGAAGACGGUCUGCAACUGACCGGAAUGUGGGGAGUGAGUCGUGAGGACUAACCGAUCUAUAGUUUGGCUUCAUCAUCAUCAUCAUCUAUGGCUACUUAAUGUAACAUGUAUAUCAUCAGCAUCGUCGAUGUCGUCGUUGACUGCUGUCUUCGGUCUCUUAUUAGUGUGUAAUGUAGAUAUAUAUAUAUACACUUAUAUAAAGACUCUGAAGCCAUUCUGUGAUGGCUUUUGGACAUUGCCAAGAUGAUGUACUGACUAUUCCUGGAAAUGGCAAUCCCUUCUCUCUGCAUUCCUUAAUGCA